AAAGCCCAAACAUCUGUUUCUAAGCCCAAGUUAUUUGUGAGGACAUUUUCGUCAAUUUAGCUGGUUAAAGCGUUUGGACGCCGGUGUAUCCGUCGCUCAUAAGGAAAAAAAAAAGAUAGGAAAAAAGUUAUCAACUUUGAGGAUGAAUCUACACGGCGUCUCAUCAGGCCAUCUCGAGCCUAAUUCCGAACCUCCUAUUCCGACAGGUUCGUCGAGUCCGAAGCUGAAGAUUAGUCCCAAAUUGAAUCGCUGGUCUAUGGGCCGAACUUUAAGAUCUGGUGGUAAGCUCGACCGUCCAAUUCACCGUUCCGAUAACACACCUCGCCGUCAAGUAACGGAAGCCAAACAGACGGAUGAGGCUGAUAAGAAGACGACGGCGAUUGACGUGGAGAUAACGGCGGGAAAGUCUAUAUAUUUGGUUUCCGACGGAACUGGGUGGACGGCAGAGCACUCCGUUAACGCCGCUUUGGGACAAUUCGAAGAUUUCUCGUUGAAUCGUGGGUCUUCUGUAAAUACCCAUCUCUUCUCUUGGGUUGAGGAUGAGGAGAGGCUUAUAGAGAUUAUCAAGCAGGCGGCCAAGGAAGGGGCAAUGUGUUUCUACACUUUAGCUAAUCCUUCUAUGGCGAAAUCCGCAAAACAAGCUUGCGAUCAGUUGGGUGUGCUUUCGGUUGAUAUUCUAGGACCAAUCAUUGAAGGGAUUGCGUCUCACUUAGGUGUUUCUCCAUCGGGUCUUACUCGUGGAGCACCUGGUAGGGUCAAGACUCUCAAUGAUGCCUAUUUCAAAAGGAUUGAGGCUAUUGAGUUUACCAUUAAGCAAGAUGAUGGGACUUUACCCGAGAACUUAAGCAAGGCUGAUAUAGUUCUAGUCGGGGUUUCCCGCACAGGGAAGACGCCAUUGUCCACUUACAUUGCUCAAAAAGGGUACAAAGUUGCCAAUGUACCCUUUGUGAUGGGCGUGGAACCACCCAGGACGCUCUUUGAGGUUGAACCGAGAAAGGUUUUCGGUUUGAAGAUUCAGCUUGUUGUACUGCAAGCGAUUAGGAGAACAAGGGCUAAAACUUUAGGCGUAGAUACGGAGGCAGAGAACAAUUACUCGGGGAUCGAUCUUGUUCGGAAAGAACUGGAUUUCGCGUCAAGGAUCUAUGCGGCAAACCCCGGAUGGGCAGUGAUAGAUGUGACGAAUAAGGCGAUUGAAGAAACCGCGGCUGUGAUUCUGCGGCUGUACCAUGACGGUAGAGACACUAGUACUACGAAAAUGGCAGCUUCUAAGCGACUAGUUGUCUCUUGCUUGUUCUUAGUGUUGUUGUUUGCUCAAGCCUAUUCACAAGGUUUGAAAGUAGGUUUCUACAGCAAAACAUGCCCACAAGUCGAGGGUAUAGUUAGAAAGGUUGUGUUCGAUGCGAUGAAGAAAGCACCUACACUUGGUGCUCCUUUGCUUAGAAUGUUCUUCCACGACUGCUUCGUUCGGGGAUGUGACGGAUCAGUUUUGUUAGAUAAACCAAACAAUCAAGCUGAGAAGAGUGCCGUUCCUAACCUAAGUCUUCGAGGUUUUGGCAUCAUAGACGAUUCCAAGGCGGCUCUAGAAAAAGUGUGUCCGGGAAUUGUUUCUUGCUCUGAUAUCUUAGCACUUAUCGCUAGAGACGCAAUGGUUGCACUUGAAGGACCAUCAUGGGAAGUUGAAACGGGACGAAGAGACGGUAGGGUUUCUAACAUCAACGAAGUCAACUUGCCAUCACCUUUUGAUAACAUCACCAAGCUUAUCAACGAUUUUCGCUCAAAGGGCCUCAACGAGAAGGAUCUAGUCAUUCUCUCAGGUGGGCACACUAUUGGAAUUGGACAUUGUCCUCUAUUGACAAACCGGCUAUACAAUUUCACCGGAAAAGGAGACAGUGACCCGAGUUUGGACUCAGAGUACGCUGCUAAGCUCAGGCAGAAAUGCAAGCCCACCGAUACCACGACGGCUCUAGAGAUGGAUCCAGGGAGUUUCAAAACAUUCGACGUGAGCUACUUCACGCUAGUGGCUAAGAGAAGAGGACUUUUCCAGUCGGAUGCUGCUCUAUUGGACAACUCCAAGACUAGGGCUUAUGUCUUGCAACAGGUAAGAACUCAUGGGUCAAUGUUCUUUAAUGACUUUGGUGUCUCUAUGGUGAAAAUGGGUAGGAUCGGAGUUCUUACGGGUCAGGCCGGGGAGAUCCCCGUCGCAGCAACUUCACUCGCAACAAAGCAUUCUUUUUUCUCGCUACUCUCGGACAAAGCCUUCGUCUUUGGAUCAACUUUGUUCGGUUUUUCUCAAUUAGUUGCCGAGAGCUCUUUUCCUCUUCUGUGUCAAAUCAAGACUCAGCGUCGCGUCGUCACUUCGUCUACGCUGAGGAAUUCGAGUCUUGUCCGAGUUUCUUUCCCUGAAUUGCCUUCUGGGUCGCUCUCAUUUCGUUGUCGGAGCUUUGUUCUCGGACAUCGAUGGAAGUGUGUGAGGCGCGUGGAGGCUACGGGCUCAGAUUCUUCUGAAUCUGCGAGUGGAGGAGAUGAGCCAGAGGAUGCCCUUCAGGCUACCAUUGAGAAGAGCAAGAAGGUUCUUGCUAUGCAAAGGAACCUUCUUCAGCAGAUUGCUGAAAGGAGGAAGCUGGUCUCAUCUAUUAAAGAGAGCAAACCUAACUUGGAUGAUGGAAAAGAUUCUUCCAAAGAAGAGUAUGGUUCUUCUGUGAAUGCUAAUACUGAUGCAACUAAAAAAGAAACGAUGGAUGGAGAUGGAAACGGUACUGUUAGCCCAAGCAGUUAUGGCAAGUCAUCUUUAAACAAAGAACCAGAAGCUAAGAGUUUAUCUCCCAGUACUGAAUCCCUGAAGAACAGCAAACAAAGCUCAGCGUCUGUGAUAUCUUCUUCCCCUGUAACCUCUCCUGAGAAACCAUCUGAUGUAGCCGCGAAUGGGAAGCCUUGGUCUAGCGUAGUAGCCUCCAGUCUAGAUCCUCCUUAUAAACCAUCUUCUGUUAUGACAUCUCCUGAGAAAACUUCUCCUGAAAAGCCAAGUCAAUCUCGCGCUGGCGCAUUUUGGUCAGACCCACUACCGUCUUACCUGACUAAAGCUCCUGAAACAUCAAGUAUGAGGACAGAGGAGUACGUGGAAACAAGAGAGGAAAAAACACCUGAAGUAGCUAGUAGUGAAACUAACGAACCUGAGAAGGAUGAAGAGAAGCCGCCUCCACUGGCUGGAGCAAAUGUCAUGAAUGUGAUAUUGGUAGCAGCAGAGUGUGCUCCAUUUUCGAAAACAGGCGGCCUUGGAGAUGUAGCUGGUGCUUUGCCAAAGGCUUUGGCUCGGCGUGGACAUAGGGUUAUGGUUGUGGUUCCUCGAUAUGCCGAGUAUGCCGAAGCCAAAGAUUUAGGGGUACGGAAGAGAUAUAAGGUGGCCGGGCAGGAUAUGGAAGUAAUGUACUUCCAUGCAUAUAUAGAUGGUGUGGAUUUUGUUUUCAUUGAUAGCCCAGUAUUCCGGCAUCUGAGUAAUAACAUUUACGGUGGAAACCGACUUGAUAUCUUGAAGCGGAUGGUUUUAUUUUGCAAGGCUGCUGUUGAGGUUCCGUGGUAUGUUCCUUGUGGAGGUGUGUGUUAUGGUGAUGGAAAUUUGGCUUUUAUAGCAAAUGAUUGGCACACUGCGUUACUACCAGUUUACCUGAAAGCCUAUUACCGGGAUCACGGAAUAAUGAAAUAUACACGAUCUGUUCUUGUAAUUCAUAACAUUGCUCAUCAGGGCCGGGGACCGGUAGAUGAUUUCUCCUACGUGGAUUUACCGAACCAUUACUUGGAUAGCUUCAAGUUAUAUGACCCAGUAGGAGGUGAGCACUUCAACAUUUUCGCAGCUGGUCUAAAAGCUGCGGAUAGAGUUCUCACUGUUAGCCAUGGAUAUUCCUGGGAGGUUAAGACCUUAGAAGGAGGUUGGGGUCUGCAUAACAUCAUAAAUGAAAACGACUGGAAAUUUAGAGGAAUUGUGAACGGUAUUGAUACACAAGAAUGGAACCCAAAAUUUGAUACUUUCUUGCACUCUGAUGAUUAUACCAACUAUUCCUUGGAGAAUCUUCACAUUGGUAAACCCCAAUGUAAAGCUGCAUUACAGAAAGAGCUCGGUUUGCCUGUUCGGCCUGAUGUUCCCCUGAUCGGUUUUAUUGGAAGAUUGGAUCACCAGAAAGGUGUUGAUUUGAUAGCUGAGGCGGUUCCAUGGAUGAUGAGUCAGGAUGUUCAGCUGGUUAUGUUAGGCUCAGGGCGACCGGAUCUUGAAGAGGUCCUCAGACAAAUGGAGCAUCAAUACCGAGAUAAAGCACGGGGAUGGGUUGGGUUCUCAGUUAAAACAGCACACAGAAUAACAGCUGGUGCAGACAUAUUGCUGAUGCCUUCGAGAUUUGAGCCGUGCGGUCUGAACCAGCUUUACGCAAUGAACUACGGAACCAUUCCAGUGGUCCAUGCCGUGGGAGGAUUGAGGGAUACAGUUCAACAGUUUGACCCCUAUAGUGAAACGGGUCUUGGUUGGACAUUUGAUAGUGCAGAAGCAGGUAAGUUGAUUCAUGCCUUAGGAAACUGUUUGUUGACAUAUAGAGAGUAUAAGGAGAGUUGGGAAGGGCUUCAGAGAAGAGGAAUGACACAAGAUUUGAGCUGGGAUAAUGCUGCAGAGAAGUACGAAGAAGUUCUUGUUGCUGCUAAGUAUCAUUGGUGAGUUAAUCAAAGUUCCUUUUUUUUGUACUGUCUAUAUAUAAAGAACCUGUCUUUGGAAUUGUUAAGAAGCUUAGUUGUGUAGAUUUGGUGAUAAAACUACAUUGGAGAAGCUCCUUGUGGUAAAGGAUCAAGCUUGUUAAUCUCAUGCUCUCUCUCGAUAGUAAUUCUAAAGUGAUAAAUAGACUUGACAAAG